AUGAUUAAAAGUGCGGGUUACAUCCUUUACGAGAAUCUUAUAUUUGAUCAAGGAUACAAUCCAAAUGUGCGUCCUGUAGUGGAUACCAGGCAACAAACGACAGUUAAUGUCAGUUUAAAUGUAAUACGUAUCAUAGCAUUUAUGCCCUUUUCUCGUUAUUCCGAGCCCCUUAACCGGUAUUUCAGUGCUGCAAAACUAAAGCUUUACUGGUAUGACGAAUAUCUUACGUGGAAUCCUGUUAUGUACAAUGGAUUACAAAGUAUGAACAUACCACAGAGCAAUGUCUGGAAGCCAGAUAUUAAGUUGGAGAACUCUGUUGAAAGAUAUCCGUCAAAUUACGUCAUGUUAAAUGUCAUACUGCCAAUAUCAUUUCUAUCCUUACUCAAUAACUGUGUAUUUCUUUUACCGGCGUCUUGUGGAGAAAAGGCGAGUUUCUCUGUAACUGUAUUCCUAUCGUUGAGCGUGUUUCUUACUAUUGUUAGCGAACAGUUACCAAAAGCGUCUGAUAAAGUCUCCUUGUUCAACCUGUACGUUUUUAUUCAGGUAGUUCUUAGCACAAUGAUAACCGUGACGUUAGUUCAGAUUCGACUCUAUCACAGGGACGAUGAACGUGAAGUUCCAACAUGGCUCCGAAGUUUGGUCAUUUCCUGUGGACAGUGUGCGAAAAUGCGAUCAACGUUAAAACAGAGUGAUAUGGACGCUACAAUAAGUGAAACUAACAUCAUUCCAACUAAGGCGACAAAAUCUCAACAUCAAACGUCAGAGAACGAGAAAUCAGGGAAUUCUAAUCACGUGACAUGGAGAUGUGUUGCUGAUUGGAUGGAUCCGGUCAUGUUUGCUGGAUACACUAUCCUGAACAUAAUAUGCAGUGUAGUUCUCGUGCUUUGCUCCAUUUCUGCCUGA